CCGAGCUUGAAGCCUCGUGAUCGGUGAAUCGCUAAAUCAGUCGCGAUAGAUCGCGCGUCUCAAAUCGUUACGAGCUCGCUAAUUGUUUGAAGCUCGUAAAUCUAUUUCAUAAUAGUCACACCGAACAGUGCAUCGAUACAUUUGAAAUAAUAUUUUUAUACAAAAGUACAUUUUUUUAUAUUAAAAGUUACAAAAUCGGUAAUUGCAAAAUGAAUGACAAAAGUGCUACUGAUAUCGAUAUUGGGGGGAUUAUGGAGCAUACGGCGGUUACGCUGGAACAGGAGAGUAACGAGGAUUUCCAAGGUAAUAAGGACAAAGUAGCCGAGAGUAGAGGCAGCGACAUAACUUAUGGGAUAGACGACGUGCCACCUUGGUACCUUUGCUUAUUCAUGGCACUUCAGCACUAUCUGACCAUGAUCGGAGCCAUAGUAUCGAUACCUUUCAUUCUAACGCCGGCUCUGUGUAUGGCUGAGGACGAUCCUGCCCGUAGCUAUAUCAUCUCGACGAUGAUUUUUGUCACCGGUCUGGUGACAUUUUUGCAGUCGACCAUAGGUUGCAGAUUACCAUUGGUUCAGGGAGGUACGAUAUCGUUUUUAGUACCAACUUUGGCUAUUCUAAAUUUGCCACAAUGGAAGUGUCCAGCCGAGGAUGUUCUUAGUCAAAUGGCUCCUGAAGACAGAACCGAAAUGUGGCAAGUAAGAAUGAGAGAACUUUCCGGUGCAAUCGCUGUGUCGGCUUUAUUUCAAGUAAUUGUUGGAUAUGGUGGCAUAAUUGGAUACCUAUUGAAAUUCGUUACACCGUUAACUAUAGUACCAACAGUUUCUUUGGUUGGAUUAUCGCUCUUCGAAAAUGCAGCUGAUGCUGCUUCAAAACAUUGGGGAAUAGCUGCAGGAACUAUACUGAUGUUAACGCUGUACUCUCAAGUCUUAGUUAAUGUCAAUGUUCCAAUUAUAGUUUAUAAAAAAAAUCAGGGAUUCAAAAUAACUUGGUUUGCUCUAUUCAAACUUUUCCCAGUAUUACUUACGAUUGUUGUCAUGUGGAUUAUUUGUGCCAUUUUGACGUUUACUGAUGCGUUACCAGUUGGUCAUCCAGGAAGAACAGAUACAAAGUUAAAAAUUAUCAAUGAUUCGCCUUGGUUUAGAGUUCCUUAUCCAGGACAAUGGGGAGUUCCAACAGUUACGUUGUCUGGAGUUUUGGGAAUGCUUGCUGGAGUAUUAGCUUGUACAGUUGAGUCCAUAAGCUAUUAUCCAACAACCUCAAGAAUGUGUGGAGCUCCACCUCCCCCGGUUCAUGCAAUUAACCGAGGAAUUGGUAUGGAAGGACUUGGUACGCUAUUAGCUGGACUUUGGGGAAGUGGCAAUGGAACCAAUACAUUUGGAGAAAAUGUUGGAACUAUAGGAGUGACUAAAGUUGGAAGUCGACGAGUUAUACAAUGGGCUUGUGUGCUCAUGAUACUGCAGGGUGUAAUUAGCAAAUUUGGAGCAGUUUUUAUAAUCAUUCCAGAACCAAUUGUUGGUGGAAUAUUUUGUAUUAUGUUUGGUAUGAUAGCUGCAUUUGGUUUCUCAGCUCUACAAUAUAUCAAUUUGAAUUCAGCCCGCAAUCUCUAUAUACUUGGAUUUUCUGUUUUUUUUCCACUGGUACUUUCUAAGUGGAUGAUCAAACAUCCUGAUGUAAUAAAAACUGGCAAUGAAGUAGUUGAUGGAGUUUUAACAGUAUUAUUAAGCACAACUAUUUUGGUUGGAGGAGCUAUUGGAUGCUUUUUGGAUAACUUGAUUCCAGGGAGCAACGAGGAAAGAGGACUCGAUGCUUGGGCUAAGGAGAUGGAAUUGAACGCGACCAAUGUUAAGGAUGACGAGGACGAUGAGAGUACCGAGUAUGCUUACAACACCUUCGAUCUGCCAUUCGGCAUGGCCUUACUUAGACGCUGGAAGUGGACAUCGUAUUUACCAUUCUCGCCGACGUACAGGCCAAGGCCAUUCUUCUGUGGACGUCAAAAGUCGAGCAGUAAGGACAAUUGAUGCGACGUGAUGUAUCAGUGCAGCACAAGCAGAGCGCACAGCAGGCAGAAGCGCGAUCUGCCGAGUUGCAAAGCUGCUGAUAGCCGUUAUAUAUGCAAGAUUCUUCACCGACGAUACGCGAACAUCAACUUAUUUAUACCUUCUUUAUACAGACUUUUGAACUUGUUUUGCGCGCACUCAUCUGCACCAAAUUUACAAUUUUUAUUAUAUGCUUAUGUCGCACACCGUAGUAGCUUUAUAUUGAAAAUGAUAUAUUCGUUGCCGACCAAAUGAUUAAAUUCCGCCUAGUGCGAAUCGUCAGGCCACCGCCGCACCUCUCUCUCUCUCUCUCUCUGCACAGCCUCGCGAGACUCCUCGAGAGAAACCGUGAAAUGUAACGACGAUCGCAGAAAGCUUCCUAUAUGGAUGCAGUGGUUCGGGCCGCGUUUAUUUUUACUUAUUGAUCGAUCUCUCUAGGCUCCGGCUAUGAUACUACUACUGGUUAUGCAGCUUUGGGGCUGUUUAAUUAAUACAGCUCUCUCGAGAGCGUAUGUAAGACGUUGUCGAGCGAGCUAGCCAGGUAUGUGGUGCUCCGCUGAAACGAGGUGAAGUAUAGGUAGAAUGCCUGUCGUAUAUACCUAUAGCAUAUUCAACGCUCAUAUCGUACGUAUAACAGAAUGCAAUAUAAAGUUACCGGCUAAGUUUCUGCGAUCGAUAAUUUCGCGGACGAGCAUCUAGAGUCCCGUGUGCAGUGUAGUGUAUAUGUCCACGCGCGCCGGUUACAAUUGCAAGGAUGCACGCGUCGCGACGCAGAUCAUGCGAAUCGAGUGCCGUAUCAUGCGCUGCAUGCGUAUUGCGGAACGUCGCUGUGAAGGUGGACCUGUGCUGUGCGCCUCCUGCAUCAUGCUAUAUUAUACCUAUCACCCCGGCAGCCCGGCACGCGGACGCGCAAUUCCCAUGUCCCAUGUAGAAUAAAUUAUACCUGCUACGUACUUACUCGGCGCAAAGGCAUCCUAUCACUGUUCGAAUUAAUUUUGCCGGCUCGGUGUGUCGAUGUUGCACUGCUCGUUACAUAUAUUUUUAUGCGCAAUGUAUAUUACUGCCAACAUCACCACGAUUAUCCAAAUGUAAUAAAAUAUUCAUUUAAUUCAUUCCGAUGA